GUUUACAAAUUUAUAAUGUAAUUCAUGCAUUUUUGAAACGAAAAAAUUAUAAAAAUCUCAAGUUGGAGCAACCAAAUGUCACCUUUAAGAUUUUUUUUUUUUCAGUAAAUUAUUAGUCAACGUUGUCGCGGGGUGAAUUUCAAUUUUAACUCGUAAGUGGAUCCAAGAGAGAAAUUAUACGAUCCGAAACUCAGAUCCAGUGUGGCGUUGAGCUUGAUUCCAUGGCCCCACGUGUACUUUCGUUUAUGUACCUACCCGGCUCCGAAGGUUUGAAGUGCAGUAAGAGCUUCAUUCGAGGUUUGUCGGCAACCGCAACCGUCGUCACCAUCCUCAACGUGUUUGACGAAAUGCGUCAGAGAGGCGGAUUGCAUCUUAGCCGACCUCCUAUAUAUAACGUGUUUCUAGCUUCUUAUGUUAUUUGGUCGUCCAUUGUCCAAUAGAGGGUACCGCUGGCGAUGACUGAGACGGGCAUGGAGAACGAACAGAGGUUGCUGAUUCUCUUUGCCACGCAGACGGGGAACGCGCAGGACGCCGCCGAACGCGUCGAGCGCGAGGCCCGUCGCAGGUCGUGCCGUGCUGCUGUUCUUUCUCUCGACGAAUUUGAGGCGAAACGCCUAUCAGACGAGAAGGCGGUAUUCUUUGUUGUUUCCACUACUGGUCAGGGUGACACGCCGGAUUCAAUGAAGGAGUUCUGGAAGUACCUUCUGCAAAGAAAUCUAAGCACGCAAUGGCUAGAAGGUGUCUGUUAUGCAGUCUUCGGGUUGGGCGACUCUGGAUACCAGAAGUAUAACAUGGUCGCAAAGAAGCUUGACAGAAGGCUUGCAGACCUUGGCGCCCAGCGAAUUAUUGAAAAGGGUCUUGGAGAUGAUCAACACCGUUCCGGUUACGAAGCUGCUCUCGACCAAUGGUUGGCAUCAUUAUGGGCAUCAAUGGAACAUAGAUUUCCUAUGUUGUUUGACAGUAGUGUACAGAUUUUUGAUCCCAAUGUCAGAGUGUUAGAUCCUCCUAAAUAUAAGAUUUUCUACCACAAUGAUGAUAAAGUGGAGAAAUCCAUUUCAAAAAACUCAGAAUUCGAGCACUUGAGAGAAGCACGCUCAUUAGUUCAUGGAAAGUUUCAUCCUGCUAACAGCACACCACACAGUUAUAUAGAAAUGACAACAAAUAGCCGCCUCACAAAUGCAGAAAGUGACAGGGACGUGCGACAUUUUGAAUUUGAAAUUCUUUCAUCUGAUAUAAAAUAUGAAGUAGGUGAUAUUCUUGAGGUUCUCCCAAGUCAAAAUCCAGAUGCUGUGGAUGCCUUUAUAUGUCGGUGUAAUCUGGAUGCUGAUGCUUAUAUAACGGUGCACAAUGCUGAUCCAGGAAGGGGAAAUCUGGCUCAUUUGGAGAACUUCAAGAAGCCUGUUAAACUGAGAAAAUUUGUGGACCUAACAAUGGACAUUGCUUCAGCUUCACCUAGACGUUACUUUUUUGAGGUGAUGAGUUUUUUUGCGACUGCUGAGCAUGAAAAGGAAAAGCUUCAAUAUUUCGCUUCCCCAGAAGGUAGAGAUGACCUGUACCAAUACAACCAAAAAGAAAGAAGAACAGUCCUGGAGGUAUUGGAGGAUUUCCCUUCUGUUCAGAUGCCUUUUGAUUGGCUAGUGCAGUUGGUUCCUCCAUUAAAAACACGGUUAUUUUCCAUUGCCUCUUCCCCUUCACUUCAUCCGAACCAAGUUCAUUUGACGGUGGCUGUUGUGUCAUGGUCAACUCCACUAAAACGGAAAAGACAUGGCCUUUGCUCUUCUUGGCUUGCAGGUUUAAACCCAGGAACACAAAUUCCUGCAUGGUUCCGUCAUGGCUCACUUCCAUACCCAUCACCACCUCUGCCUCUCAUUCUAGUUGGACCAGGGACUGGUUGCGCUCCAUUUCGAGGUUUUAUACAGGAAAGAGAAGUACAAAGUGCUGCUGGUCCUACUGCUCCUACCCUUUUCUUCUUUGGUUGCAGAAAUAAGGAGAAAGACUUUCUGUACAAGGACUUUUGGCUUUCACAUGCACAUGGUUGUGGGGUUCUUUCAGAAGAGAAAGGAGGAGGAUUCUUUGUUGCUUUUUCCAGGGAUCAACCACGUAAGGUCUAUGUACAGCACAAGAUGCAGGAAGAGAGCCAACGCAUUUGGAACCUGUUGAGUGAUGGUGCUGCUGUAUAUAUUGCUGGCUCUGCAUCCAAGAUGCCAGCUGAUGUUACUUCAUGCUUAGAGGACAUCAUAUCAAAAGAGGCUGGUGUUCCUCGAGAAUCUGCUGUUCGGUUACUUAGGCAAUUGGAAAAAGUUGGUAGGUUCAACAUCGAGUCGUGGUCUUGAGUUCAUCUUCAACAUUGAUUCUUUAUUUAUGCGUGGGCAUUUAGAACGCUACCAUGAGGCUCAAGAGAUAAUAAGACGGGUCUUUGAACGCUGUGCCAGCCUCAGUUUGAAUGAUCAAUGUAAUUUCUAAUGAGCAGUGUUUGCUUCGUUUUA